AUGGCCAGCAAUCCGUAUGUGAAAUCUGUCCUAUUGCUGGUUGGCGCCGGUGGACUUGGCUACGCACUGAUGCUGCUCACCGAACCCAAUGCGGAAAAGAUAGAACGCAUUAAGGCAUCGGCAAGGGGCCCCCGACAAUUCAACGCUGAUGAUGAGAAGAAAGCGCUCUUCAUGAAAAAGUUGCAGGAGGCUGCGAUAAAUAGUACUCCAAUUUAUCGACAAACACCAACGGCUGCCGAUAAAAAAGAAAACUAGUCUUAAUUUCUGUACAUAAUCUGCUGCAUCGCAUAUGUUAUAUAAAUAUAGGUUUUUUUUGUGACUACAA